AAGGAACUGGUGAACAAAAGUAUGUAUGCAUACUGUUAAUAACUACACACAGUAAUCUUCAACAACAGAUUUAAUUACAGAAGCAUUGAAAAUGGUGACUACGGAGGUGGCAAACAUUUUUAUUCAUUGGCGAACUUCAGGAUAAAUGAGUAAAAAAAACUGCUGUGGGAAAUGGGACAUCAACUUUCUGGCUUUGAUCAGUACGAGAUGACCCAUACCUUAGUUCAUUUUUCCUUUGUGGACAUUAAAAACUUGAACAAUGAAAAAAUAUAUUUUUUUGCUUGUAGAAAAUUUGUUGGGCAUUGAAGUGUGUGAAACAUAGUAUUGAAUGCCGGAUGCAGUAGUGGGCUAGCUGUGUUGACGAGGGCCACUCCAUAAGUGUAUUGUGAGGUGAGCAUAACUAAGAAGCAAAGACCAUGAGGCAUAAAGGUUUUAAGAGGUGGAAUUUUUCAUGCCAAUAGCCACGUCAGGUAGGUGAGGCAGCUGCGAAAACUGAGGGGAAAGCUGAAUAGGCACCACAAAGGACAGCGAACAGAGUUCUAAGGCUGACAGGACUUCUUCCAUGGCUAGGUUACUCCGACAGCAAUUGUAACCCACUUCAUAAACUAAACUAGUACCGACAAUGCACUUAUAUUUUGAGCAAGACAUUGUGGCCUGUGAAAAUGCUAGAAAAACACGAACUCUCGGAGCUUACAAAUCUUUAUUCACACACAUUUCGGGCAUGCAGCAAUCAUAAAUAAUAGCGCCCACUGCUUCUUCUCUGCUUCGGCGCUUGCUUACAUAUUAACGUGCAAUAUGGCUAUGUGGCAUGACCUGUUAAGGUGUCUGUUUAGAUUGGCAGAGUAAUAUGAAGUUGUUUUUUCAUAUAUUACUGCUAGAAAAGGGUAUUGUCCAAUUUAAGAACAUAAUUUAUUUGUUCCAGUACCUUCACUGCUUUACAGAAGGAAGUGGUGAACAAAAGUACCUAUGCAUACUGUUAAUAACUACACACACUUAUCUUCCACGGCUAGGUUACUCGGACAGCAAUUGUAAUCCACUUCUUGAUUAACUAAACUAGUACCGACAAUGCACUUAUAUUUUGAACAAACAUUGUGCCUUGCGUGACCUGUGAAAAUGCUAGAAGGACAAAGAAACUCGCAGAGCUUACAAGUCGUUAAUCACACACAUUUCGGGCAUGCAGCAAUCAGAACUACAGCACCCACUGCUUCUCUUUCUCUGCUUCGGCACUUGCUUACAUAUUAACGUGCAAUAUGGCUACGUGGCAUGAUCUGUUAACAAAUGUGUUGUCUGUUUAGAUAGUCUGAUCUUCCCGUGUUUUUUUUAGCAUUUUCACAGGUCACACAAGGCACAACGUCCUGUUCAAAUGUGUAAGCCACAGUAACUAUGGCCAUAGCCUUUUAGGUAACAUUAUCUACGUAUCCCAACUAAAGGUCCCAGCCGAAACACAUACACUUACAUGGUCCCAAACUCGUUACUUCAAUCCUAAAAUUGGUGUUUGUCAGAUAAUUCAAACUUGACUGGUCAGCAUGCACUUACCUGACCCCUUUAGCGACGUCUUUCUUGCAGAAGCUUAGGGUACUACAGUCAAUGUGUUGAACACACGUAAUUUUCCACUGGAAAUGAAUAACGAUUUGUAAGCUCUGCGAGUUUGUGUUUUUCUAGCAUUUUCACAGGUCACACAAGGCACAACGUCCUGUUCAAAUAUGCAAGUCACAGUAACUAUGGUCAUAGCCUUUUAGGUCACAUUAUCUACGUAUCCACUUCUCGUGCUCGAUGACUGAACCGAAACUGAAGUGUGACAAGGCACUUGCACUGCUUGAUGGACUGAAGACCAGUAGGGCAUUUGUACUUGUACCGCUCGAUGAACUUGAAUCUUGCAAGGGGUGGUGGUCUCACACGAGCGGCUUUUUGAAAGCGAUGACUCUUCACCAAGCCCCGCCCCUUGCUGUUCGUUGUCAUUUGGAAGCAUCUUGUUGAAACACAAUUCUGCUGGCACGUGCUCAAGAGCUCGGCGUUUUCGUGCUGGAGCACGAUCCAAAGCAUUGCCCUCACGUUUUUGCAAGUACGAAGGCUUCUGGUUAAAAACGCUAGGAACCACACCUUUAUUCAGUUUUCGUGUCUUGCAUCCUUCUUUGAAAUCAGACGCAACGAAGUGACGACUGCAGACAGUGGAGUAACAGGACGUGAAAUUGGGAGUCCAAUUAUCUCUUGCUAUGACUUUUAGCCACUUCUGUCGAAGUUCUGCAUCACACGGAAUUUCAUGAAAUGAAAUGCCCGGGAUUUUUCUCUUACUGUACGAUUUGCAGCGAGGUACACAGCAAUAAGCCAUACCGCUGGGUUUCAGGUCGUACAGUGCUCGAAUAAAACCCUUAAAAUAACACAACGCACUUAGAGUGACCGCAAUGUUCCCGCUUCGGCCUGAAGCGUCUCGUUUGCGCUUCUGCAAUUUGUUCUCAGUCCAACGUCAAUACACCGCCGUUUGCUGCACCAGCCAAAGGAAAGCAUUUUCAUCGAAAGCCAGUGAACGAGGCAAACACGUUCUGUUACAAACAUGAGGGGGCCUUGCUAACGUCCACAUCGUCAACUAAAGCCCCUCCAUGACGUUUUCCGCAAUACUGAUCAACGCUGUACGGCUGUACGGCUGUUCCAGCAUAGGUUCCAGCUUUACCAAGGCUAGGGCGGCUAGGGCCAUGGGCCCAUGGCUUUGGUUUCUCUAUGGCUUUGCCGUGGCUUUACCAUGCUUUACAUCCAAGUGCUUUCGUCUUGUGUGUAGGACAUCCAAAUCCAUGACAAGCCAAUCUAUGUGAUGUAGAGUUUAUUCUAUGUUGUAGCUGUCGUGGAGAUGGCAGCAGCCGGAAACGUCGAAGUUGACUUUGGUGAAUCUGAUUACUCCAACAGAGAUCUUUUUUCUAUAAUAGCACCACCUGGUGAAGCUGACGCCUGGAGGGAAAACGCGGACAUAACCUCAUAUGUGCAAGAACUGAGCUCGUACGACGUCCAAAGGCUAACUCAUGAGCCUGAGCGACUGGCUGAAGAGAAAGCACUAGUCUUGGAACAGACACAAAAGUUGGCCUUUGAGAAUUACAAGACAUUCAUUAAGACAGCGCAGUGCUCCAAGGAUAUCUUUAAAGAGUUCAGUGUGGUUGAAGGAAAGCUGGAUGCUCUGCAAGAGAAGCUUCCAGAUUUUGCCAAGAAGUGCCAGCAGUUCAGCCUGCAAUCCCAGCAAAUCACCACAAGAUGGCGCCAGAUGUCCCAGAUGCUGUCCAAGCAUCCACAGCUGUUGGAAGUGUUGGAGCUCUCACAGCUGAUGGAGACGUGUGUUCGCAAUGGCUGCUAUGACGAGGCCUUGGAGCUGGCUGCCUAUGUGCGAAGACUCGAAAAGAAGCAUGCCGCUGCCAUUCCUCUCAUUGCAAGCAUCGGCGCAGAAGUCCGCGAGUCCCAGCAGUUGAUGCUAAGCCAGCUGGUAGGACAGCUGCGCUCCAACAUUCAACUUCCUGCAUGCCUCAAAGUGAUCGGUUACCUGCGGCGCAUGGAUGUCUACUCUGAGGCAGAACUGCGUGUUCGUUUUCUUCAGGCCAGGGGCUCCUGGUUUGAUAGUGUCCUAAACAACAUUCCAACAAAAGAUGCUUACACACAUCUCACGCGUGUGGUGGAGGCCUGCCGGGUACACCUGUUCGACAUUGUGACUCAGUAUCGUGCCAUCUUCUCUGACGAUGACCCCCUGGCCGGUCUAGGAAAGGAUCCCGACGCCCUUGGAGCCACCAUCUUCUACAGUUGGAUAACCAGCCAGGUGAGCCGGUUCCUCGACAUCGUGGAGCGCGACCUGUCUUCAGAGCUGUCGGGUCGGUUAGACUCAGUACUGUCACAGUGCAUGUACUUUGGGCUCUCCUUCAGUCGUGUGGGCGCUGACUUCAGGCCGCUGCUAGCACGCAAGUUCCAGCAGGCCGCUGCCACCCGCUUCCGUUCUUCCAUCAGUCAAGCAACUGAGAGGUUUCGGGAGAUGAUGCACUCCUUCACCUUGACAACCCUGCCAUCAAUGGCACCAGCAGCCAUGCUCAUGUCCACCCUCACGAUGCAGGAAAAUGUGCAGCCACCUUUCUCACUGCUUGAGUUUGAGCCACUGUCCCAGUAUUGCAAUGCAGUCCUUGGAGCCUUCAACGAGCUCCGGCUCUGUGCCUGCCUGUCCCUGGCACGAGAGAUGACAGUUGUGUUGGAUGCGUCUUUGAGAGCUGUCGUCAGCAUUAUUGUUGACUAUCACACCGCAGAGGAACCCACGUUGACGGAGAAAGAGGCAGAGACACUGUCCCGCUUCUGUGCGUCAUUUGCCAAUGAGUUGGUGCCAUUUCUGAAUACUUGUCUCACUCUGCUGUUCCCUGCUGCUGAGAUUGGCAAGCUGUUGGGAGUACCACCUACCUAUGUUGCCAGGCUGGAGAACAUGGGCCAUCUCAAGUGUGACGACAUUGUGCAGCCCAUGAAACACCUUGUGUCGGACUUUGAGGAGGACUUUGCCGUGCCUGCAAGCUCCGAAAUAGACGAAGUGAAUUUCGCAGUUGAAAAUGAAUCAGACGCUGCGUUGACAGCAGAGCUGAAACCUUCUGCCGAAACCCCAGAUGAGGCAGCAGCCUCAGUGGAAGACACAAUACCGGCAAGCAGCAUCGAUAGUAAGGAUGAGGCAGUCACCUCACCUGCUCUCGUGAUUAAUGCUGAGCCCUCUGCUGUUGUGGAUCAUCCUGCUAGCACAGAGAUUAGUGCUGUUUCUGAGCCUUCUGUACAUGAUGCAGUGACAGACAGUGGACAGAGUGAAUGAAUGACUGUGUAAAUAAACAAACAUCAAUGUUGUGCCUUGUAAAUAAAAUGUUUAUUUUCCUGCAGAAUU